AUGUUUGUUUUUACGAAAACAUUGUAUUGGCGACACUCAAACACGAAAACAAAAACUCAACGAAAUCAUAAACAAGCCAGCUUUUCAGGAAAAAGUUUUUCCAAAAUGUCUAGCGAGAUACCGGUUACUGCGUGCCGAAUAUGUUUCAAGGAAGAUGACACAGUAAAUAACCGAAUAAGCCGUUUACAUAAAGAAAUUAUUUACAAAUUGACGCAAAGUCAGUUUUUUGAUGGUCCAAAUGUGCCUGCCAACAUGUGUAAAGACUGUCUGAAUCGACUGUUAGAAGCUAAUUACUUUCGCGAAUUGAUUUUGGACUCUAACAGAACAUUUGAACAUCUGGUUCGAGCUUUGAAACCACGAGAAGAAGGCCAAAAACUACAAAAGCAGGACACAAAAGAAAAUGUACAACGAAAAAUUGCACCAAAUGAAAAGGUUUUAGGAACAGAGGACGUUCCGGAAGCAACCGAAGAACAAGAAGUGGAAGUAUUACUCUCGGACUUUGGAGACACACACGAAGUACUAUAUAAAAUUGAGGAAUGUACAGAAGAGGAGCAAUUAGGGGAAAAUCUGCAAAUGCUAGAAUACAGUUGUUGCAUGUGCACAUUUGUUUUCACCUCGGAGGAAGAAUUACGUUCCCAUUGUCAAAAUGAACACACCAUCCAACCUUUGAAUACGGAGCCGGACGUUAAUCAAUGUCGAUUUUGUUGUACUCAUUUUGGCAACACGAUCGACGUGUAUAAUCACAAAACGUGUGAAAAUUGCUUCGAGUGCUUCGCAACUAACGAAGAUCUCUUGGAGCACUCAAAAACACAUGAAUUUGACACGCUAGAGGUACAAGCGGUGGAAGUAGCGCGACAACUGGAGCAAGAAACCAUUGAAUCAAAUAUGCCGAUUGUGAUUGUUGAUCGUAAGAAAUCAAAAGAACGAAGAACCAGCAGCAAACACCUGCCAAAGCAAAAAAGUAAUCGAAUCGACACAAGCACGUUGUCGCGUGUAACUAAUUUCUUUCCGUGUUGUCAAUGUCCCACCUCACUAACAUCCGAGUCGGAACGGUCUCAGCACAUGCUAAAUGGUCACGGUAUGUCAACAGAUAAGAAGUUCGAUCCGAAAAAUAUGAUUUGUGUUUACUGCAAUCGUCAAUUUGAACGCAUGGACCAAUACUACAGUCACUUUGAAAUUCCCAUCCGGAAGCAGAAUCGAUGCACGAAAUGUGGCAGAAAUUUCCUAUCUGCAGAACUGUUACAACAACACGAUAUCAAUAUUCACACCUCUGACACACCAUCCUACAAUUGCCAAGCCUGCAAUAUGUCAUUUGCCACUUCAAAUGCCUACUAUUCGCACAACCAUCGGCAUCACACCACUAAGCCAAAGUACAAGUGUGAUAUUUGUGGUGACAUCCUCAUAACUCCUAGCAAGCUGAAGGAACACAUGAACGUUCAUUUGAAUAUUAAAAACUUUGUUUGCAACAUUUGCAAUAAAACUUUCAUACGAAAAGACAAUUUGCGGAAUCAUCUUCGAGUUCACACGGGAUCCAAGCCAUAUGCGUGUGAUUUUUGUGACAAAUGCUUCGGACAUUACACAGAUAUGAAAAGACAUCGAUAUAUUCACACUGGCCAAUAUCCUUUCAAAUGCUCGGAUUGUGGAAAAGGAUUUGUGAAGAAAACGGCCUUGGACACACAUGUGAAAUUCCAUAAGGGCAAACCACACAUAGACAAAUCAAAGCUUCGCGCAGAAAUAGUAUGCACAGAUGACGAAAUUCCAGAGAAUGCAGACAUGGAUGUAAAAAUUGUUGUUGUAGAUGAAAAUUCACCAACAAUAGAAAGGGAACACGAGACAUAAAAUAAUCGUUGUGAUUUAUGAUCAUACUUUUUUGACUGAAUAAAAUAUUGAUUUGUUUAGAGUU